AUGAUGAACCAUGCCAGAGUCAAGGCUCUCAAGGGCAACGGCAAGACCACCUCGAAAAAGGCCAUCAAAUCGGGCCGCGCUUCAGGCAAUAUUACACCCAGAAGCUCCCCCCUGCCAUCUCUUCUGACCUCCCCAACACACUCCGCGACGCACAGCCGUGGGACCUCGGAUGUUAGCGACAGUGAGGAUGAGAAGGACUUUGAAUUCGACGACAUGAUGUCCAGUGUUCACUCGGGGGGUUCCGGUGCAGUCACUCCUGACGAAGGCGGCGCAACGACAGUUGACGCCCAGGCCUUGAUCGAUGGCCUGCAGGACAAGAAGCACAACAACAGCGAGGUUCGCGAACAGUUCCUUGAAGCAUAUCUGAGGACCUUGCGCAACAGAUACAGCGCUGAUACCCACCUGUGGCUGGACCCUGCCGCCUCCAAGCUUGUCGAGGUGUUUCUCAAGGAUGCAGAUCGCGCCCCGACCGCCCGCGAGCGACUGCUCAAUCUGCAGGCUUUCUGCCUCUCCGUGGGAACGACUGAUGAGCUGGAGAUUUUUGAAGGUGCUGAACGAGCCCUGAAGCAGGUCCUCGUGGACGAUGAUGACGAUCAGUGCAAGACGUAUGCAAUAUAUGCACUCUGUAUGACUGUGCUCUAUGCUGGGGGCUUGGAAGAAUCUGCUCUGGAAGUCAUGCGGUAUCUCAUUGACGUUGUCCACAGCGACGGCGAAAGCAUUGAAUCGCACGACAACGCGGCCGUCGUAUCCGCCGCCAUAGUGGGUUGGUCAUUCGUUGCCAGCCACGUCAGCGAUUUCUCGGAUUAUGCCGACACCGCCAUGGACGCCUUUGUUGACCAACUGGACAGCUCCGACACUGAAGUCCAGUGUCAUGCAGCACAAGCUAUCGCCCUCAUCUUUGAGUCCUCCCGACGUCACGAACAGGAAACCGGCGAGCCUUUCCAGCUCCCGUACGACCAACAGCGCUUGAUUGGCCGCAUCGGUGAACUCGCCAAGGUGAGCAGCAAGGCUGUAUCACGGAAGGCCCGUCGUGACCUGCGCGAGAGUCUCAGUAGCGUUGUCACAUCCCUUGAGCGAGGGGUUGGGCCUUACUACUCCACUGCGCUUUAUCUUCCAGAGAAGGACUCCCAUGUUCCCCCCUCGCAGCGGACCGAAGAUGGGCAGGCCGAGUACGGCUACAGAUGUCGUCUCCGACUUGGAAACCACAGCACACGAAUUGACUCUUGGUCGCUCUUCUCUCGAGUCAACAUGAUGAAGGUUCUUUUCCGGGGCGGCUUGCAGCGUCACGUUUUCGUCAACCCGGUCGUCAUGGAGUGUCUAGAGGAUGCGCACUGGGGAGAGGAACAAGCUGCUACUGUUGAACACGGCGGCGGCAAGCCCUCAAAGGGACGGAAACGAUAG